UGCUACGAGCGCGAGCCUCGCUCUCCCCCGGGUCGACCACUGACGACAAUGAGGUUGCGCUUAUGAUUCCUCUCCUUCGCUUGAAGGAGUGUCACCAUGUCGCCCGAAGCACGCGCCACCAACAUCCGCGUCUUCAUAAAAUGGGAUGACCAGACUGUGUUCGCAGGCGAGGAACUCAGGUGUCACAUCACCUUCAAGAAUGUAGCCCCUGGUCCAGCUUCCGCCUCGAAUCAACGUCAAUCCUUACAGCCAUCCCCAAGGUCCGAUCGAUCAAGACAGCCUUCGCCAUUACUAAGUCCGAGAGCCGGCUCUACGAACGGUUUAACACCUCCCCCCUCCGCUCGUAGUCACCGGUCAACCUUGUCCCUCAACGUGCCCUCUACCGGCUCGCGCCUUAGGAACAGUGUCCAGCAAUGGCCUCCUCCCCAGCUGCCGCAGCCGCCGCCACCACAAAGACCGAAUCAUGCCCAUAAACGAUCCCUUUCCAUUGUGUCUAUGGGCUCUAGUGCCACUGUCGACGACCAAGCCUAUACCAAUGGCACUCAAACGCACCCCCAACGCCCCAGUCGCGGCCAUGGUCGCUCCGCCAGUCUCCAAAUCGUGCCACGCACCGGUACAACGAUGAAUGGCCCUCAGUCGGCGGCAUUACCGCGCCGACCACCUUUUGGCUCGGAGCCGUCCCCUGUGUUCAACAACCAUUCGUUCCCUCCCUCAAAACAUGCCCUUGGCCAGCGGUCGGGGGUUACAACGGCUCCUAACACCCCAGGCUUUACCAAAUCACCUACAAGGAGAAAAGCCUCAGGCCCGAUACCAGACUUCAGGUUUCCCAUGGCGUCAGGGCCGCCCUCGGGAAGUGUUGGCAAUACUCCUGGUACCUAUCUAGACGACUCUACUACAACACCCACGGCAGAAACGGCGCCUCAAGUCUCUUUACCUGUCCGCUCAAAAGAACCGAUACCUAUAAUCUCGGAACAUUCGGCACCAAUUGCGAGAGUUCUGGCCACUACGAGUAUAGCGGAGGGAACUCCUAGAAGUAGUGGGGAGUUCUACUCCAUGAGCAACAAUUCCUCGGAGACAUUGGCCUCAGAAUAUGUUAUUCACCCGUUCCAGGGUGGCCGGAGGCCUGCUCACUUGCGCCGAAGCUCUGGGAUAUCUGGUAUUAGUAUGGCAAGAAUGCCGGAAUCUUUGAUGAUGGGUUAUGCUCAGGUUCAGGGCUCCUUCACGCUAGAUGGGUCGCUCGUCAACUUGGGACCUUUUGAGGCUGUUAAACGAAAGGCAGUCCUCGGUGGACAGGGCGGUGGUGUGAUUGGAGUCGAGUCGUCAAGAAGAAGUAGUGGAUUCUUAAACGGCUUUGGAUGGGGCGGUCUCGGAAAUUCCAUUGGAGAACUCCUCGGAGCAAGCGAAUUCAGCAGUAUAAAGGAUAUGCGAGGCGCGGCGAAUUCGAAAUCUAUUCCGUUAUUAUCCACGCCCCAGUCGAUCUUGUUUGUGGAUCUACAACUGGGCCCUGGCGAGAGUAAAACAUACGAGUACUCCUUUAGAUUACCAAAAGGCCUUCCCCCAACCCACCGAGGCAAGGCCAUCAAGAUCGCUUACAGCUUAGUUGUUGGCACGCAACGGGCCGGUGGUGCCAAGGAGCAGCAGGUGCGGUCUGUUGAUACUCCAUUCCGAGUACUUGGAAGUGUUAAUAGCUACGGCGAGAUCCUCGGUCAUGACUUGCUUUCUCCAUACAUCUUACUUCGCGACCAAGCUAAGGUCCAACCACACGAAAAAGGAUUCAACACGUCAACAUUCAAGAAACGUACCAAGACAGAAGCUCCAGCCUCGACUAUCAAUGACUUUCUAACCUACGUCGAUGAAUUACUCGACCGCCCGCGAGAUGGCAUGAGUCUCCUCUCACCCACAGCUACAGCGGCACCAUCACGUCGAUCAUCUUCGGUGGGGGAGCCAACCAAUGCAAAGCAGGCCAUUGACCUCGCUAUAAUCCGCUCCAACUUAUCCUCUGAUUCUGGCCAAAGCAGCAACCGCUUUGUGAUUGCGCGCAAUGGUCAGCGCGUAGGCGUCAUCAUGUUAGCACGCCCCUCGUAUCGUCUUGGCGAAACCAUAAGUAUGGCCAUUGACUUCACCGACGCCGAAGUUCCCUGCUAUGCUAUACACGCUGCUCUCGAAACCAGCGAGCGCAUCGACCCAUCCCUAGCCUUACGCAGCGACGCAAGCGUACACCGUGUCACGCGCAAGGUACACGCCAGCUCCUCUGAAGCAACCCUCUUCGCGCGCCGUGUCGUCUUCAGUCCCACUAUUCCCAUCACCGCGACGCCUGAAUUCGUUACCAGCGGGUUGAAUUUCGAGUGGAAGAUCCGCGUCGAAUUCGUAGUCCCUUCAUCUACUUCUACUUCUGGUAUGAAUUCCGCAGAUGAUCCAGAUGAUCAGGAGAGUCCGAGAGAAGGAGAACAGAGUGGUGGUGGUCACCCGUUACUCGAAGAGAUAUCCCACAACGACAAAGCCGGGCUCGUCCUCGUAGCCGCUGAGACGCUCGAGUGCGAAAGCUUCGAGGUUGCUGUGCCGCUCCGCGUGUACGGCGCUGUAUGCAAUGGUCUUGAACGCCUCGAGCGCGACGAGGCACUUGAGGAAGGCCUCGUGGUAUAAAAAAAAGCCUGUCCUGAUCUGAUCUAUUUUGGCGAACAAGUACUAAAACGGGUAUAUUUCAUGUAAUAUCUACAAAGGUUAAGAGGCUGCGAUAUUAAGAAACUGGGGAGUAAUUAUAACAAAAAUAUACAUUAGCGAUGGGAUGCGAUGCGACAUACAUAGCAGAUGCAGGACGUGGAUCAUAUUACCUUCACUGAUCUGAUCUGGAUAGAGAGCGGGUGAGCGGGCCGGGUGACACAAUCAAUCAAUCAAUCAACUUAUUGAACAAACUUUUCAAACGAGACUUUCAAAUGAGGAAAGAAAGAUGGAAAUCAAUCAAGCAGUCAGGGUAAAAAAAAGGUGCUGCCAUCUGUCUCCAUCAUGGGUAUUAUAUCCAUUACAGGCGGGGUUAGGUUAGGUCAGGCUUUUGUAGAUAUAAUAUAUUUCUGUAGCUGUAGUCGUAGUCGUAGUCGUAGUAAGUAAUGUGAGAUAUGUAGUAUUACCAGGACAAAACCAACCGGUCCAGGAAUCCAAGGACGGAGGGAAUAUCAAUCAAUACCUGACUAACUCACCAGUUCAUCUAUGAAUACGUGAGCCGCAUGUAUUGUUUAUCUCAGACGAAGAUAGUAAACGCAAUAAAACCAACACUCCUUGUAAUACUCAAUAUUCAGCGCAUCUAUCAAUAGU